GUUGGUGAGAGUGCCCUGCCUGGCCAGGACCUAGGUGCCUGGUGUGGUGAGGGGUCCAGUGUGUCCAGAGGAGCCCAGUGCUCACCGAGGCAGCCAUGGGGCUGCUGACCGGAGAGACACUGGGGCCCCUGGCCGUGGCCGUGGCCAUCUUCCUGCUCCUGGUGGACCUGAUGCACCGACGCCAACGCUGGGCCCCACGCUACCCACCAGGCCCCAUGCCCCUGCCUGGGCUGGGCAACCUGCUGCAGGUGGACUUCCAGGACACGCAUUGCUGCUUUACUCAGCUGCGGCGCCGCUUCGGGGACGUGUUCAGCCUGCAGCUGGCCUGGACGCCCGUGGUCGUAGUCAACGGGCUGGCGGCUAUACGCGAGGCGCUGGUGGACCACAGCGACGACACCUCCGACCGCCUACCUGCGCCCAUCUUCGAGCACCUGGGCUUCGGGCCGCGCUCGGAGGGGGUGGUCUUUGCCCGCUAUGGACCCGCGUGGCGGGAGCAGCGGCGCUUCUGCGUGUCCACCCUGCGCAACUUCGGCCUGGGCAAGAAGUCACUGGAGCAGUGGGUGACCGAGGAGGCCUCGUGCCUCUGCGCCGCCUUCGCAGACCAGGCCGGACGCCCCUUUAGCCCCAACGCCCUCCUGAAUAAAGCGGUGGGCAACGUGAUCGCCUCCCUCACCUUUGGACGCCGUUUCCAGUACAACGACCCGCGCUUCAACAAGCUAUUGGACCGAACACUGCACUUGCUGAAGGAAGACACAGGCUUCCUGCCAGAGGUGCUGAACACGAUCCCCGGGCUCCUGCGAAUUCCGGGGCUGACUGCCAAGAUCUUUCCUGGGCAUAGGGCCUUCAUGGCCCUGCUGGAUGAGCUGAUUGCUGAGCACAGGAUGACACGGGACCCGGCCCAGCCUCCCCGAGACCUGACUGACACCUUCGUGGACCAGGUGGAGAAGGCCAAAGGAAACCCCGAGAGCAGCUUCAAUGAUGAGAACCUGCGCCAGGUAGUGACUGACCUGUUCACUGCUGGGAUGGUGACCACCUCGACCACGCUGGCCUGGGCCCUCCUGCUCAUGAUCCUGCAUCCGGACGUGCAGCGCCGUGUCCAACAGGAGAUCGAUGAAGUGAUAGGACAGGCACGGCGCCCAGAGAUGGGGGACCAGACCCACAUGCCCUUCACCAUGGCCGUGGUCCAUGAGGUGCAGCGCUUUGGGGACAUCAUCCCACUGGGCUUGCCCCAUAUGACAUCCCGUGACAUUGAAGUGCAAGGCUUCCUCAUCCCCAAGGGGACAACACUCAUCACCAACCUGUCAUCGGUGCUGAAGGACGAGACCGUCUGGAAGAAGCCCUUCCGCUUCCACCCCGAACACUUCCUGGACGCCCAGGGCCGCUUCAUCAAGCAGGAGGCCUUCAUGCCCUUCUCAGCAGGCCGCCGCUUGUGCCUCGGGGAGCCCCUGGCCCGCAUGGAGCUCUUCCUCUUCUUCACCUGCCUCCUGCAGCACUUCAGCUUCUCGGUGCCCACUGGGCAGCCCCGCCCCAGUCGCCAUGGCAUCUUUGGCAUCGUGGUGAACCCGUGCCCUUACCAGCUCCUUGCUGUGCCCCGCUAGAGGGGGACGCCAAGCCCCCAACCUGCUCCUUGAAGGGGCCCUGGUGUCCAAUAAACCAGUGUGAUGGCUCCAACAUGGCUUGAGUCCCACCUGGGCCCCCUGAUCAGCCCCUGGCAGAGAGGCAGCCUCAGCAGCCUCCCCAAGGCCAGCUCCUACCCCUGCCUGAUCCAGCCUCACCUGCCAUUUGACCCCAUUUGAGAGAUGGGAAUACUGAGGCU